GGCGGGCGGCAGAAGCGCGCGCGGGUCGAAGGCGGGAGAGCGGCGAUGGCGGAGGCGGCGCGCAGCCCUGGGAAUUGUGGGUUUUCCAGGAGUCCCAGCGAGGGCGAGGGACCCGGGACCCCCCAGAAACGGAGCCGGGGCUCCCCCAGCUGCCAGGGUUCCCCCUCGGCCUUCCAGACCCCCGUGAGGAAACGGAUCAGAGCCUUUCCCGAGGCUCCUUCCCCCUCCCAGAAUCCCGGGACCAAGCGCUUUGCCUCCCGGAUCCGCUGCUCUCCCGGCUGCGGGGAUGAGGCGAAGGAAAACAGGGAUGUCCCGGGGAAAACUGGGAUUCCCAGGAGGCUGGAGAUCUCCCUGCUCCAGGGGGAACCUCCCGGGAAAUCGUCCCUCAGCUCCUCCUCCUCCAAGCCCCACGUGCCCGUGGGGGCUUUUUAUGGCAAAGGGAAGAACUACGUGGACCCCGUGGAGAGGAAGAAGCUCCAGGAGAUCCAGGUUUUGGGAAGGAGGAGCGGGGACGGGAAUGUCCCGGCUCCGGGCAGGGCGGGGAACAGCAGCGGGAACUGGAGCGGGAAUGGGGGCAGGAAUCCCAAGCCCAAGGGGGCCAAACACCCCCCGAAUCCCAAACGGGGCCAGAGUGUCCCCAAGCCGAGGAAAACCAAGGGACAGAUCCCGGCGGAGAGGGAAGCCGGGAAUUGCCUGGUCCGGAAAAAGAUGGAAUCUCCCUUCCGGGUGCUGAGCAUGAGGGUGAAGCCGGCCCUGAAGCUCCGGCUGGGAGCGGCUUUUUUCGCUGCCGGGAAGAAAUCCCACUCCAGGAAAAACCCCGGAGACCCCAGGGCUCCCCAGGCCCUUCCCAAAUCCCCGCGGGACAACGAGGAGCCGGCGGGAAACGCGGAGCCGGAGGGCGGAGGAGAAACCCCCCCGGAGGAGGAGAGGGGGGGGUCUCCGAGGAUUCCUGAUUCCCGGGAGGAGGGCAGGGGGAACAGGGAGAGCUCCGGGAAUCCGGGAGAGCCGGGACACGGAGGAGAAGCGUCUCCACGGAAAACUGGGAAUGUGCCCUGCGCUUCCACAUCCGGAGCAGAGGGAGACAGGAGUGUUGACGGGCUCAGCUCCUCUCUAGGCUGGGAAUCCCAGGAUUGUGUCGUCCUUUCCAGCCAAUCUCCCCCCAGAGGGAACAAACAGGCUUCUCCCUCCAAAGCCGUGGUGUAUCCCAUAUUCUCUGCAGCCCCUGGCCAGCAGGAAAAGGCCGCUGGACGAGAUUCCACCUCCGUUUGGGAGCAGCCCGCCUGGAAAAGUCCCUCACACCUCCCAGAAAGCAGGAAGGCCAAGGAGCUCUGCAGAGGUUCCAGGGAUCAGAUGAUCAUUGACGCGGGGCAGAAGCACUUUGGAGCCAUCGUGUGCAAAUCCUGCGGGAUGAUCUACUCGGCCGCCAGCCCGGAGGACGAGGCCCAGCACAUCCAGCACCACCAGAGGUUCCUGGAGGGGCUCAGAUACGUGGGCUGGAAGAAAGAGCGAGUUGUGGCGGAGUUCUGGGACGGGAAGAUCGUGCUGAUCCUUCCCAGUGACCCCAAAUACGCCGUCAGGAAGGCGGAGGAGGUUCGGGAGAUCGUGGAUAACGAGCUGGGAUUCCAGCAGGUGGCCCUGGGCUGCCCGGCCCACAGCAGGACCUACCUGUUCGUGUGCGGAGGGAGGAUGGUCGUGGGCUGCCUGCUGGCCGAGCCCAUCAAACAGGCGUUCCGGGUGCUGUCGGAUCCGUCCCCGUGUCCCAGCCCGGGUUCCCAGCCGGGAAUGCCGCGGGCCUGGCGCUGCUCGGCGGAUCCGGAGCCGGCCGUGUGCGGGAUCAGCCGCAUCUGGGUGCUGGGGCCGCGGCGCCGCUGCGGCAUCGCCCGGCGCCUCCUGGACACCCUCAGGUCCACGUUCCUGUUCGGGGCCGUGCUGAAUUCCCGGGAAAUCGCCUUCUCCGACCCCACUCCUCACGGGAGGCUCUUGGCCACCAGCUACUGCCAGACCCCCAACUUCCUGGUCUACAACUUCCUCUCCAAGUAGGCCCGGCUUUGUCAAACCCAGCCCGGGUUCAUCCCUGUCUCUAGUUCCUGCUGAGCUCCCGGGAGCAUUCCCAGAAUUCCCAGAAUUCCCAGAAUUCCCCACCCGCUCCCAGUUCCCCCCCUCGAAGCGAACGUCACUUUGUGUACAGAGAGGAGCAGGUUUGAGUGGAAACCUCCGGAAUUCCCCCCCCGGGAUUUGUGCCCGAGGUUGGGUCGGUCCCGGGAGGGGAUUUUAUGGGAAAUAAGUUAAUUUUUGGGUGCAGUUUGGAAUAAUUUUGGGUGGAGUUUGGAAUAAUUUUUGGAUGGGGUUUGGAAUAAUUUUGGGUGGGGUUUGGAAUAAUUUUGGGUGGAGUUUGGAAUAAUUUUGGGUGCAGUUUGGAAUAAUUUUUGGGUGGAGUUUGGAAUAAUUUUGGGCAGGGUUUGGAAUAAUUUUUGGGUGGAGUUUGGAAUAAUUUUGGGUGGAGUUUGGGAUAAUUUUUGGGGUGGAGUUUGGAAUAAUUUUUGUGUGCAGUUUGGAAUUAAUAUAAACGUCGUUGACUCUU